GAACAGUGGCGGUGGAGGCGGCGGUGGUGGUGGCGGGAUGAUGGCAAUAAGGUCAUCACCGUUUACAGUGUCACAAUACCAAGAACUGGAGCAUCAAGCUUUGAUCUUUAAGUAUAUGAUGGCAGGUUUGCCUGUGCCACCUGAUCUUGUGCUCCCUAUUCAGAAGAGCUUUGGGUCCAUUUCUCAUAGGUUAUUUCACCACCCCACCAUGGGGUAUUGUUCCUUCUAUGGGAAGAAGGUGGAUCCCGAGCCGGGACGAUGCCGGAGGACUGAUGGAAAGAAAUGGCGGUGCUCCAAAGAUGCAUACCCCGACUCCAAGUACUGUGAACGGCAUAUGCACCGCGGCCGUAACCGUUCAAGAAAGCCUGUGGAAUCACAAACUGUGGCACAGUCAUCAUCUACUGUGACAUCAUUGACUGUUACUGGAACCACUGGUGUGAGUGAGAGCUUCCAGGGCCUUCCCUUGCAUGCCUUGGGUAGUACACAAACAGUUACUGCUUCUGGAACUAAUCAUUCUCAUUAUCAUAUGGAGUCAAUCCCCUAUGGAAUCCCAAGCAAAGAUUACCGGUAUCUUCGAGGAAUGAAGCCUGAGGUUGGUGAGCAUAGUUUCUUCUCUGAAGCUUCGGGGAGCAACCGAGUUCUGCACAUUGACACUCAACUGGACAAUGCAUGGCCUGAUAUGCAAUCCAAAGUAUCCUCGUUCCCUCAGUCAAAACCUGGUGGCGACCUUUCCAUAUUGCAAAAUGAUGACUACCCCCAGCAUUUGUUCUUCGGCGAAUUCAACUCGGGGGAACCUGCGAAACAAGAGGGUCAAUCUCUUCGACCAUUCUUCGACGAGUGGCCUGAAACCAGAGACUCUUGGUCAGCUCUCGAAGACAAGAUAUCCAACCAGAACUCGUUUUCUGAAACCCAGCUAUCAAUAUCCAUUCCAAUGGCUUCACCGGACUUCUCCACAACCAGUUCUCGUUCUCCCCAGGAUAGUUGAACGAUUAAAAACGCGAGAAUCCUGAAUUUUACGACCGGACGAGUUCUAGCUUCAUCACUAUAUAUUGUGCUGCUUGACAAUUUUUCUUUACCUGUCCACCAUUGUUAUGUGGCUGGGGGGUUUUCAGCAUCACUUUGAGUAUUAGCAUUAGAACAUUGCAAGGUUUGAGGUAAUAAAAUAAAACAAAAUCCAGGACAUUGCAGCUUUUAUGGAAUUGGAAGAACAAGAAGUUUUCU